UCUCUCUCUUACACACAAACACACACUCGGAUUUCAGAGCUCUCCCUUUCUUCCCCUCUCACACGGAUUUCAGGUCUCUCUCCGCAUUUUACACGAAUUUCAGUUCUCUGUAUCUCUCUCUCCAAUUCACGCGAAUCUCUCAUUCUCUCUCAUCCACUCUCCCCAGUACACAAUUUUGAGGUCUCUUUGUCUAUCUCCAUCGCGGAUUUCAGGUCUCUCUCUCCACACGGAUUUCAGGUCUCUGUCAUUGAAACGCACUUCAGGUCUCUCUGUGUUCCCCAUUGAAUACGAAUUUCAGGUCUCUCUCUCUCUUCAUUUCCGUUGUAACUCAAGUAAAUGUCUCAAUCCAUUUCCGUUGUAACUUAAGUAAAUGCAUUGCAUGUUAGGAUUCAUGUUUUUAGUUUCUCUUUCCUCUCUCUCCACUUUGCAGAUCUCUUUCUCUAUCUUUUCUCUCUCUCUCUCUCUCUCUCUCCGGGAUCGUGACAUGUGUGAUGAGUAUCCUGUCAUUUCUUAAUCAAAUCAAUCUGUUUGACCUCUCACUUUAUUGUUGCGUUUCGACGCCUCUCUCUAUACAUUUGUGGUCUCUCUCUCUUCUCUCUCUUUAUUUCUAGGAUAGUAAGAUAUCAGGUUCAUUUUGUUAUGGAAUUUGAAACUGGAUCAAUUCUACUGUAUAGAGGGUUCCAUUUGAAGGACUAUAAUGUUUAGGUUCUGAUACAAGAAACAAUGUAAUCUAGGCUGAUGAAUUUUUAGGCUGCAGGCUUUGAUCUGACCUUUGAUUUCUUGGGUCCUUGGGUGAAACUGGAACUUGAGGGACAUGAUACUGGAAAAUAUAGAGUGAUCUUUCAUGCUUUAAUUUUGUGAUGAGAUACUAGAGAUUAUAUUUGGAGCAAGAAGGAUCUCAUAAAGUGGUUCACUGUAUUAAUUUACUGAAAUUGCUUUCCCGAAGGUUAACUGCGACAAAUAUCAAAAUAUUUAUCACCUUUUUUACUUGAUCUUUUUAUGUGGCUACUGAAUGUGGAUGUGACAAUUUAAGUUGGCAUGUGGUGUUAAAAAAGCAGCAAGAUGUUGGUGGUUUGUUGCAUGUUUGAAAUCAUAUUUGAAAUUAGCUGAUUUGAGCAUAUAUCUCGGAGAUUAGGUAAUGAAAGUUUAGUCAUCUCUUGGAAUUACUUCUUGGUUCUGAUUAUCUCUGAAAAUUAUCGGGGUUUUAUAAUGCUAUAAUGGCAUGUGAGAUGUACUUGAAAAGGUAGGGGAUGAACCAAAUGUUGUCAAUUCAAAUUUAUUUGAGCCCUUAAAAUUGUACAGUGAUCCAAAAGUUGAUAUAUAGCUGUCAUGAAAAUUUGGCCCCCUAGAUAGAGGUACUGUUUGAUCGAUGUUACUGAGAUGAAGGCUACAUUAAGAAUUCAAGCAGAAGAGACGGACAGGCUCACGGUUGCUAUAAUAGACUUCCCCUUGAUGUUGCAGGCCUUAUUCAGGGACUGGUCAGUGGGGCUCGUGAAGGUGGUUUCCUUUUUUCUUGUUUUCAUAUGUGGCAUUAUCCUUGGCUUGGCGGCAAGUGCCCAUGUUACCCGUUAUUUUGCCACGAAGAAUGAGUUUUUCCCAGUGCCUCGAAAUUCACCAAAUUGUGUUAAGGAAAUAGUAGAGAUUGAAAGUUGUUUGAGCAUGAAGGGUUUCAUUAAACCUGAAAAAUUGUUGCAUAGUAUGACAGAUGAAGAGCUCUUUUGGAGAGCUUCAAUGGUACCCAAGAAGCGAGAGUAUCCUUACAAGCGAGUGCCUAAAGUAGCAUUCAUGUUUUUGACACGAGGACCCUUGCCACUUGCUCCUUUCUGGGACAAAUUUUUCCAAGGGCAUGAAGGGCAUUAUUCAGUUUAUGUGCACACACUUCCGGACUACCGGCUUAGUGUUUCAACCACCUCUGCUUUCUAUGGCCGCCAGAUCCCCAGUCAGGAGGUUAAGUGGGGGACCAUAAACAUGGCUGAUGGAGAGAGGAGGCUCUUAGCCAAUGCCCUUCUUGAUUUCUCAAACGAAAGGUUUGUUCUAUUAUCAGAGAGUUGCAUUCCGAUGUACAACUUUCCCACAGUUUACAACUAUCUGAUCACAUCAAAGGAGAGUUUUGUGGACUCAUAUGAUGACCCAUCUCGUUAUGGCCGUGGGCGAUACAGCCGAAAUAUGGCCCCUGACAUUAAGCUCCAUCAAUGGCGUAAAGGCUCGCAGUGGUUUGAGGCCCACAGGGAUGUAGCUGUGAAUAUUGUUUCAGACUCGAAAUACUAUACUAUCUUCAAGAAAUAUUGCAAGCCUUCUUGCUACCCAGAUGAACACUACAUCCCUACUUACUUGAAUAUGUUUUAUGGGUCUCUCAAUUCCAAUAGGAGUGUCACUUGGGUGGACUGGUCAAGAGGUGGGCCCCAUCCUGCCACCUUUGGUGGCCCUGAUAUCACUGAAGAUUUUAUUUUUGCAAUUAGGAAUAAUGGAACGACUUGCUUUCAUAACUCAGAGCCGACAUCUCUAUGCUACCUCUUUGCGAGGAAGUUUGCUCCCAGUGCAUUGGGGCCUCUGUUGAACCUCUCUUCAACAGUGAUGGAGUUUUGAUACAAUUUUUUUGAAGUCUUUUUUUGAUGGCUCUCUACCUCCUGCUUGAACUGGAUGUCUGCCUACACUUCACUAUGAACAAAGAGACUACAUUGUAAAUUUCGACCUGGAAAUAAUUGUAUUGUAAGGUUAACCCUUUCAGCCAGAGUAUACUGUGUGGACGAGAGUACGAACUUUUGUUGUUGAUUACGACGUUAUGCAAGCUCAAUCUCUGCACAUUUCGUGAGUAUGAAAAUGGUGCGAUGAGAGGGCAAAUUUAAUUUUUUGGGUAAAAUUUUUAUGUCAGAAUAAUCUUUGGGGCCUUUGCUUGGCAAAUAAACUGCUUUUGUAUCUGCAAAUAAGCUGUGGCUUCGGGUUCUUCUCAAAUCUUAACCAUUUAUGAGGGUUGUUGUACCCUUAAUACAUGACUGGGCAUCGGGAAUGUUCAAAUUUUAUUUUUCUCUAGA